AUGAACCCCGCCAACCCCGCAGUGACAUUGGACUCGUUACCAAACGAGGUAUUUAUCCAAAUCCUAUCCGACUUCUCAACCCGGGCACUUCUCCCGCUCACUUCAGUAAACCACCGAUUUCACGCUUUAGUUUUAAGAAUCCUCCACUACCGCCUACUUCUCACCAUACCACUCAAGGAAUACAAACUAUUAUUGGAAUGCUUCCACCCUAGCUCAAAGCUCACCGAGCCACCCGUCCUCUGCAAAUACCUCGGUACAGAUCGCCUGAGCGAGUGUCAUGAUGGCGUGGGUUCGUUGUAUGAGCACGUCGAUACCGCCCACCAGCUUGGUAGAGUAACGGGAUUAUAUUCGCGCUUCCGUCCAGAGGUAAGCGACGAUGAUGAUGGUGAAGAACAAGAAUGGGGGAAAUAUGGCUCGAAGUUCGGUUUCUCGCCAGGCAAGGAAGAGGAUGCAGUGAUACGUGAUGUUACUUUGGACGGAUAUGAAGACUUCUCACAGUUAUGUGUGGUGGCCAAUCUAGUACAAGUGAAGCCGGGAACGAUGUUGUUGUUGAGUGCAUCGACUAUUCAGGAUGGGUCUGUUCGGUUAUGGAGGGAGUGGUUGCGCGACCAAAGUGGGAAGAUGAAAAGGACUACUGAGACUGACUGGGAAGAGGGCUCUCAAAAGACACGGAUGUCUUCCGGCGGCGAUAUGCUGUGGGUGGAUACGAGCAAAACCGUGGGGUUAAAAAUGGGCGUGCGGCCAAAGGCGUGGGACCCAUCUUUCCCAGUCCUAGUGCAUCAAGAUGCUCGGGACGAUGACUCUUGGGUUGGGUAUGAAGUUAUUUUGCAAGGUUAG